CAGCUAAAUAACGCCACAAAAUUGAUCCAACCUCAGAAUUUGAUGGUUAAUAUUGAUUACGACUAUUACGAACCAUUAAUCAAGGUAAUCAAGAGAUUUUGUUAUAUAGUUAGUGUCAAAGUUCAAUUUUUCUGUUUGCCGUUGGUGAUAAUUGUUGACAUGCAGGGCGGAGUGAAAGGGCUAUUUUCAUGAUAAAGCAAAAAAUAAUUUUGACAAAAAAGAAAUUCCAAUUUGAGCACUAACAAGAUGAUAAACGAGGCAUGAACAAGGGUACAAUUUGUUCAAAUAUGGGGAGCCGACACACCUUGGCACCAGGCUGGCAGAGCACCCAUCUUACCAGAUCAUGCUGGAUCCAUCCCUGACGAAAGCCUGUUAGUACCCACCAACGAAACUGCUAAUACACGAAAAGUAGCCUAGCGGAUUAAUUCAAAUUUUCAAAAUCAUCUUGGUAGAUACAGCAAUAAAAUUAUGUUCUUGCUAUUAUUGCAGGAAAAACAGACAAAUGAGAAGAAUGGUCCAGUGAAACAAGGUAAAUUAAAACGAAUUUUGCCUUCCCCGAAUAUAAAUAAGUCCACCAUAUUCACUAACACUCAAACGAGUGGCGAUAACCACAUGUAUAAGCCCAUGAAAAAUGCUUACGAACGAAUAUGAGCCCUGGGCUUAUAUUCGGAGGUUUAGUAGAGAGUGAGAUACUGAAAAAUACGCAGUGACAUUUUUUCCAUAUCUUCACUAGUGAGUAUAUCGAUCACGUGACUUUUAGUAUUUAUACAAUUUUUUGCUUGAGACUAUAUAAUAAACAGAACAUUACACGUUGGUUUGAAGAUAUGACUUUUAUCUUUUCGUGUUAAAAACAAUAUUUUACUCACUUACUGCGCUCGUUCGUAAAAUAUUGUUUUCACCACUCGAAGACAAAAAGUCAUAUCUUCGCGCCGCCGUGUAAUAUCCUCUAUAUAAACUGAAAUCAGUAAGGCUAUAUGUUCCUUAGUCGUGACGUAUCUAUAUACCUACAAAUUAUAUUUCGUUUACCAGAGGAGGGUUUUGAAACGGUCAAUUCGUGAGAAACUGCAGUUGUAAUACUUGUUCCAAUAGGCAAUUCCAGCUUUUAAUUUAUGCCUGCAGGGGGGACGGAAAGUAAGGUAUCAUAUUGCUGAUUAUGCUGAAAUAUUUCAAUAAAACUGCCGAAACAACCGAAAUAUUUCAAUAUUGACAAGUAUAAGCUAUCACUCCGUGUUUACUUGCCGGCCGCCAUUUUUAUUUUUUCAACGUUAUCAGCAAUAUGACACCUUACUUCCCAUCACCCCCUGCACGCAUAAACUAAAAGCUGAAAUUGCCUGUUCGAAUGACUAAAACGGAUGCGCUCUUUAUGGUUAGGUUAACACUUAUAUAAACAUAUGAAAUUUUUACCAAACGGUAAAAACCGAAAAACGACCGGAAAAAGCCCCGGAAAAACUGAUUUUUGUAACUUAUGUCAAAAUAUACUCCAGGCAGAUUAAACUUCACGCUACACGUUCAAGACUUUAAAAACAAUUGUAUUAAUGGUAUAGUGCUGCUUUAUUAAUAUGUAAGCAGCAAGCCACCGUUAUAGGUGUGCCGUGUGCUAUUUUCUCAUGUUUGAAAGUUGAACUAGCGCCGUGAUUUUGACGAAGUGCCGUUUUGUUUCAAUAUUACUGAGUUUCAAACAGUUUUUUUCCGAUUCUCUUCCGGGUUUUUUAGCGUUUUUGCCCAGAACCACAUCGGUUGAAUCUGUUUUCAAAAAACAUCGAUUUUUCCGGUUUGUCGAUUAACCAUCUCCCCUUAGUGCUCUUGCCAGGUAUUUAUGAAUUGCAAUGCCAAUGAUUUCAACUUUAUUGCUCGCUAUUGUAAGGGAGAGCGAAAAUCCUAAACGGGCACGAUAUUCCUAAGAAAUUCCUCCCCCGGAGCGAAAUUCUGAGCGGCGGAUUUUUUGGUGACAAUAGCCAGUUGCCGUUAGAUAGUAAAUGUGCGAGUAUUUUCUACAUCCUUAGAAUGUUAAUUUUUAUCUUUUGCGUUUCUCGUUCCUCUAGCAAAAAGUUGUGAUGCUUUAUACAAAUCAGGCAAAACAACCACAGGUGUUUAUACAAUCGACCCGGACGGACAAGGAGAUUUCCAAGUGAGAUGUGACAUGACUUCCACUCCAGGGAGGGGCUGGACCAUAUUCCAGAGACGUGUAGAUGGUUCUGUGGAUUUUUACAGAGACUGGGCUGAUUACAAAAAUGGAUUUGGAAAGUUGACUGGUGAAUUCUGGCUAGGUUUAGACAAAAUUCACCGUUUGUCAGCGAAUGGACAGAAUGUAUUACGAGUUGAUCUUGAAAAUAUUCAAAACCAGGCAAGAUAUGCUACUUUUGGAACAUUUACUGUUGGAAAUGAAAACGAGGGUUAUAUUUUGAGUAUUGGUCAAUACACAGGUAAAAAUAUUUUCAAUAUAGAACGUGCCAUAGAUCUUUCACAGGGCAAGUACAGGGGUAUAAUGAGGUGCUUACCCCCAUGGGAGGUAAUACGGUAAUGGGAGAUAAAACCCCUACAGGAAUGUUGUCCUUUAACUGUUUCGUUCAGUCUAAAAUCACCUUGUAGGGAGUUUGUCCCGUUCGUGUUAACGCCUUAUUUGGCGACGUAUGCAUGUAUUAUUUCUUUUGAAUCGCAACAUGAUUCAACAUGGAAUUUAUCAUAAGAAUAUGGAAUUUUGUAUAGGGGUGGGGGGGUGGGGGGUGGGGGGAAAUAGUCUCAAACAGUUAUGUCCACGAUUUCUGGUUUAUACCGAGAUGCAAUACACUCUUUCGAUAAUUACGCCACAACUACACUGUUUUCAACUUACGACCACCUUAAAUGGAAAGGAUUUCAAGUUUUUUUUCUUCUCAUGGGCUAUGCACAGAGAAGCAGAACAUCAUUCUUCAACACAUGCAUGAAUAAUAGUUCUUUAUUUUGACCAAUAAAUGUGGAAAUAAGAUUUAACACGAAAACGAGGCUCCAGAUCAUGACCUGGAGCCUCGUUUUCGUGUUAAUGCUUAUUUCCAUAUUUAUUGAUCCAAACUCAAAAUGUUUUUCAUGCAUGUGUUGAAGAAGGAUAUGCUACUCUGUGCAUAGCCCAUGAGAAAUCCUUUUGAAAUCCUUUCCAUUCAAGGUGGUCCUAAGUUGAAUACAGUGUUGUUGUGACGUAAUUAUCGAAAGAGUGUAUUAAUAAAGAAUGGGGCAAAUAGAGGCUGGGGGAUAAGUAGAGAAAAUACGGUAACGAAGCCAAUACAGGGGAGCAAGGAUACUGAGCCUACAGUUCGUAUCAAUGACUGUUCCUCAUUUUCAAAUCGUAAUGUUUGCGCCCCAUUGAUCUCAAAAUUAGGGCUGGAUAGAUUAUUGAUAUAAUUUUUUAUGCUAUAUUUGUUGUAAUCCCAAGCGAGUACUUAUAAGGUUAAUUAUACAGAUACACAUAUUUCACAGCACACUCCCUAUCAGGGCUUUUCAGUGACUGGUUACAUUAUGAAUAGAUAGAUAGAACCGGACUGACGUGAAGUGACUGCUCUGCAUAAAUGAAGUAAUGGCGGCCGUAUUGGUGUGACGAGUCUCAUUAUCUCGUGUUUAAAACAAAUUAAAACUCAUUAGAAUUUCAGGGUAUGUAGAAGGAGAUAUUUGCUUGAUAGUAUAACUAUUUGAGGCCUGUUUUAUACGUCGAAUUUUGGUCGCGUUGAACGCAAUUAAGACAAUAUAUAGAUAAAUAGAUGAUACACCUCAUUAAGAUUCAUUAUCUAUUAUUUGAAUUGCAUUCGACGCGACCGAAAUUCGAGGUAUUAAACGGCCCUUAAACACGUAAUGAUUUGGUUCGUGAAGAAUGUGACAGAUUUUUAAAAUCUCGAUUUAUAACGACAAAUACUCUGGCUUCGAAAUAAAUUCCCUGAAUUCAAAAGGUUUCUUUAUCCAGUUUUGAGAUCAACGGUGCACCCGGCUUCAACUAGAACUGAUUCCACUUGAAAUCAUGCAUUCAAUUCACAGGCAACGCAAAAGAUUCAAUGAGCUACCAUAAUGGGAUGAAAUUCUCGACUAAAGAUGUCGAUAAUGACUUAUAUUCAGGUCAAUGUUCUCAAAUCCACAAGGGUGCUUGGUGGUACGACAGUUGUUAUCACUCAAACUUGAAUGGUGAAUAUCCUGCUGGAGUUGCCUGGUCUGCAUUUACAGGGAAUGUAAAGACAAGUGAAAUGAAAGUACGACCAAUUGCAUAGCCAACAAUCACAACUAAUUCACGUUUGCAUGUUCAUAUUUCAUAAAAGCAUUGCAUUGAACUCUGUUUAUAGGCAAAUUCACUCCAUACAUAUUACGUAUUUCAUUAUUAUUAUAGGCCGUUUGCCAUCAUGUAAAAGUAUUCACACCUGUAGAACUGAAUCCCGUGAAUUGUAUCCCGUGUAUACCUGCAGUUGAAAAAAUGUUGGCAAACUCUUG